AUGACUACACCUAAAAUCCUCAACAGAAACAUGAUACCUAAUGAUUCUACAAUAACUACUGAAACAGAAAUCUUUGAUAAUGGCAAAAUUAACAAUAUCGACGACAAUGACGAAGUUCCUUUAUCAGAUAGUAACAAAAUUGCUGGUGUAAUGCCAUCACCGCCUUCACUAUCGCCACCUUUUCCGCCAGUCACUGCAGUAUCCACAUCUAAUACAGUCGUGGCCACUUUAGUAUUGAAGGAUGGAACUAAACUUCAAGGUUUCUCUUUCGGUGCCGAAACACACUCUGUCGCUGGCGAAUGCGUCUUCCAAACUGGCAUGGUCGGUUAUCCGGAAUCCCUGACCGAUCCUUCUUAUCAGGGUCAAAUCCUCGUUUUGACAUUUCCCCUAAUUGGAAACUAUGGUGUUCCGUCACCAGAUGAGAUGGAUCCUAUCCUCAAAGAUAUCCCGAAAUAUUUUGAAUCUUCCAAAAUUCAUGUUACCGCUCUUGUGGUCGGGCAAUAUUCCUCCUACUAUUCACACUAUCUCGCCCAAUCAUCAUUGGCGGACUGGUUGAAAAUGAACGAUAUUCCAGCUAUUUAUGGAAUAGAUACCAGAGCGCUCACGAAAAAAAUUCGUAUUAAGGGUGUAAUGUUAGGCAAAAUUUUAUUUCCAAAAGAAAGCGUGGCUGGAACAUCAUCUGUUAAUAAGGUUCACGUUGAUGGGAGCAUGAAACCAAUAUCGAGUUCCGCCAACUUUAGCUCAAAUGGCUACAUUAAAGAUGAAUUUGUAGUGUCUUCGUCUUGGAUAGACAAAUAUCAAGAUGUAGAUUGGAUUGAUCCAAAUAAAAAUAAUUUAGUUGCUGAAGUUUCAAUAAAGACGCCAAAAUUAUAUACACCAGAUCCUAAGAAAGCUAUCAAAGGUGUUAAUGGCAAAACAUUAAGAAUUUUGGCAUUGGACGUUGGUAUGAAAUACAAUCAAAUCCGUUGCUUUGUAAAUCGUGGAGUAGAACUCAAAGUCAUACCGUGGAACUACGACUUUCUCAACGAAACUGAUUACGAUGGAUUAUUUAUCAGCAAUGGACCUGGUGAUCCUACAAUGGUCAUGGAAACAACUAAACGCCUAAGCAUAGCAAUAAAGAAAGCGAAAACUCCGAUAUUUGGUAUCUGUUUAGGGCAUCAACUUAUGGGACUUGCGAUCGGGGCAAAAACAAAAAAAAUGAAGUUCGGUAAUCGCGGCCAAAAUAUUCCAUGCACGGACAUGAUCUCGGGCCGAUGCUAUAUAACUUCUCAAAAUCACGGUUAUGCUGUAGACGCCGAUACAAUUCCCAAUGACUUUCGAGAGUUUUUCGUAAACGCAAACGAUAACUCUAAUGAAGGGAUUGUUCACAAGACAUUACCGAUUUUUUCGGUACAAUUUCAUCCAGAAUCUACGCCAGGACCACGAGACACUGAAUAUUUGUUUGAUGUAUUUAUAAAUGCAGUGAAAGAAUCCAAUCUUUCAAGAAAAUUGGUGCCGAUCAAAAUACCCGGAGGUACAAAAGAAGAAAACAUAAGAAAAAAUUAUUGUGUAAAUCCUAGAAAGGUUCUACUGUUGGGUAGUGGUGGAUUGAGUAUAGGACAGGCCGGUGAAUUUGAUUAUUCGGGCAGUCAGGCUAUCAAAGCCCUAAAAGAAGAAGGAAUUUACACAAUUCUUAUAAAUCCAAAUAUUGCCACAAUUCAAACAUCACAUUCUCUCGCUGACAAAGUGUACUUUUUGCCGGUCACGCCUGAAUUCGUUCGCAAAGUCAUUAAACAUGAAAAACCCGACGGUAUUUAUGUAACAUUCGGCGGGCAAACAGCUUUGAACGUGGGAAUUAAGCUUAAAGACGAAUUUGAGAGUUUGGGUGUAAGAGUGUUGGGUACACCCAUUGACACAAUUAUCACAACAGAAGAUCGUGAAUUGUUUGCGCAAAAAAUUCAAGAGAUUCGUGAAAGCUGCGCGGAAUCCGCUUCGGCUGCUAAUUUGCAAGAGGCUCUUGAAGCUGCUGAAAAAAUAUCUUAUCCUGUAAUUUGUCGUGCUGCUUAUGCGCUUGGUGGACUUGGUUCUGGAUUCGCAGAAAAUGCGCAGCAAUUAACUGAGCUAUGUAAUAAAGCUUUCGCUACUAGCCCGCAGGUAUUAAUAGAACGGUCAAUGAAAGGAUGGAAAGAAAUUGAGUAUGAGGUUGUCCGUGAUUGUCGUGAUAAUUGUAUUACUGUCUGCAAUAUGGAGAAUUUCGAUCCUCUCGGUAUUCAUACUGGCGAUUCAAUUGUUGUUGCACCCUCCCAAACUCUCUCCGACGAAGAUUAUAAUAUGUUGCGUACAACAGCCGUUAAUGUAAUUAGACACCUUGGUGUUAUUGGCGAAUGCAAUAUCCAGUACGCUCUGAAUCCAAUCUCAAAGGAAUAUUGUAUCAUUGAAGUGAAUGCUCGUCUUUCUCGUUCGUCAGCACUUGCAUCAAAAGCUACUGGGUAUCCUUUGGCUUUUGUUGCCGCAAAACUCGGUCUCGGGAUUCCAUUAAAUGAAAUCAACAAUAUGGUUACUAAACUCACGUGUGCAUGCUUUGAACCAAGUUUGGAUUAUGUAAUAGUGAAAAUUCCUCGAUGGGAUUUGAAAAAAUUCUCUCGUGUUAAUAAAGCAUUAAGCUCUUCCAUGAAAUCAGUUGGGGAAGUAAUGAGCAUUGGUCGCACUUUUGAGGAAACCAUUCAAAAGGCUAUUCGUGCUAUCGAUUAUGAUUUCUUGGGUUUUGGCCAAAAUGAACUCGUUGAUGAUAUUGAAGAAGAGCUAGUGACUCCAUCAGAUUUACGGCUAUUCGCCAUUGCAAAUGCGAUGCAUGAAGGAUAUACUGUUGAUCGAAUUAAUGACCUUACAAAAAUAGACAAAUGGUUCUUACAUAAGCUCAGAAAUAUUGUCGAUUUUGAAUGUAUUUUGAAAAAGUAUCAUCCAAAUAAUACUCCAAAAGAUUUAAUUCUACAAGCGAAGCAACUUGGAUUCUCAGAUCGCCAAAUUGCAAAAUCUAUCGGCAGUAAUGAAUUAGCUAUUCGAAGAAUGCGACAAGAAUUUUGUAUCACUCCAUUUAUAAAACAAAUAGACACUGUUGCCGCGGAAUUUCCUGCAUACACUAACUAUCUUUAUGUGACAUACAAUGCAAUCGAACACGACGUUACUUUCGAGGACAAAGGAGUAAUGGUGCUUGGUUCAGGGGUCUAUCGAAUUGGUAGUUCUGUAGAAUUUGAUUGGUGCGCAGUACGAGCUAUUCGCACCUUGCGUGAAAAAGGCUUCAAAACAAUAAUGGUCAAUUACAAUCCAGAAACUGUCAGUACUGACUAUGAUGAAGCUGAUCGUUUAUAUUUUGAAAAUAUUACACUGGAACGUGUGCUUGACAUUUACGAGAUCGAGCAAUCGAAUGGGGUCAUUAUUUCAGUGGGUGGUCAAACUCCUAAUAAUAUCGCAUUACCGCUUUACAGACAGAAUGUAAAUAUUCUGGGAACUUCACCUGAAAUGAUUGACACUGCCGAAAAUCGAUACAAGUUUUCGCGUAUGUUGGAUAAAAUUGGAGUCGAUCAACCCAUGUGGAAAGAAUUAACAAGCUAUGAAGAAGCGCUUGCUUUUUGUGAUCGAGUAGGAUAUCCCGUGUUGGUACGACCAUCAUAUGUAUUAUCGGGUGCAGCCAUGAACGUGGUCUACUCUUCAAACGAUGUUUCGAAUUAUCUGAGUCAGGCAACAGCUGUUUCACGUGAACAUCCCGUUGUUAUAUCUAAAUAUAUCGAAGAAGCCAAAGAAAUUGAGAUGGAUGCAAUAGCUUUAGAAGGUCAAUUAGUUAUGCAUGUUAUUUCAGAACACGUGGAAAAUGCCGGUGUUCAUUCUGGUGAUGCCACUCUUGUCCUUCCACCACAAGAUUUGGAUCCAGAGACAGUCCGAAAGAUUGUACUCGCAACGCAACAAAUAGGGAACACGCUUAAUGUCACUGGUCCAUUCAAUAUUCAAUUCAUCGCAAAAAAUAAUGAUAUUAAAGUGAUUGAGUGUAAUGUUCGGGCAUCACGAUCAUUUCCAUUUGUAUCAAAGGUCUUGGGAGUGGAUUUGAUCGAGAUGGCGACUUUGGCAAUGUUGGGUGUCCCUUUUGAUUCAUAUCCGCCUCUAAAUUUACCAAAUAAUUACGUCGCGGUCAAAGUUCCUCAGUUCAGUUUCAGUCGAUUAUCUGGUGCUGAUCCGGUGUUGGGUGUAGAAAUGGCAUCCACUGGCGAGGUUGCAUGUUUUGGCCAUGAUAAAUAUGAAGCAUAUAUUAAAGCGUUAAUUUCAACAGGUCUCACUAUGCCAAAGAAAAAUAUUUUAUUAUCAAUUGGAUCAUUCAAAGAAAAACAAGAAAUGCUACCAUCUGUACUAAAGUUGCAUCAAAUGGGAUUCCAUUUAUUUGCCACCUCAGGUACUUCAGAUUUCAUUCAAGAACAUGGGAUCCCUGUGAAAUAUUUGGAAGCAUUGGACGAAGAUCACCAAAAUCUAAGUUCUGAAUAUUCUCUUCAGCAGCAUCUGGCAAAUAAUUUGAUUGAUUUAUAUAUUAAUUUGCCGUCCAAGAAUCGAUAUCGACGACCAGCCAGUUACAUGAGCAAAGGGUAUCGUACUCGUAGAAUGGCGGUUGACUAUGCCAUUCCAUUAGUCACCAAUGUGAAAUGUGCUAAACUUUUUGUUGAGGCUCUGGCACGCAAAAAAGAUUUUGAGAUCAAAGAUGUAGAUUAUAAAACAAGUCAUAAAACAGUUACACUACCUGGAUUAUUUAAUCUUUCAGCAUUUGUGCCUCAUAUCGCUGAGCCAGAUCAUGAUGAUUUCGUGGAAGUUACUAAAGCUUCAUUAGCAGCUGGGUUUACCACUAUUAAUGUUUUACCAAUAGGAUUAACCGAUUCAAUUAAAGAUGCUCGGACUAUUGGAAUUGCUCAUUCUAAUAGCAGGAAUAAUGAACAUUGUGAUUAUUCAUUAUCCAUGGCUGUCGCUGAAAAUAAUGCAGAAAAAUUGAAGAGCGUUAUACCAGAUGCUGCGGCAUUAUUUAUCCCAUCCACCAGCAGUCAGUGCAACACUAAAAUACCAAAAAUGGCCACAAUGGUGACUCAUUUUGAUGAGUGGCCACCUCUUUUGCCUAUUAUGACAGAUGCCAAAGGAACAGAUUUAGCUUCUGUCUUAUAUGUAGCCAGUCUUCAAAAUCGUUCGAUUCAUGUUACUAAUGUGACUACGAAAGAUGAUAUCGAAUUAAUUGAUUUAAGUAAAACGAAAGGAUUAAAGGUCACUUGUGACGUAGCUGUCUAUUCUUUGUUCUUGAAUACUAGUGAUGUGGUCAAUUGUGAUGGAGUAUUGCCUACACCAACCGAUCAGGCAGCUCUUUGGGAACACUUGGAAGUUAUUGACUGUUUUACUGUUGGAUAUUUGCCAUACCAUGUUGCUAAACAGAUAGAUCCUAAAGUUAAUACUCCGAGCAUUGGAAUCAAAGAAACACUUCCGUUAUUGUUAAAUGCAAUUAAUGAAGGAAAAUUGACCAUAAAAGAUAUAAAAGAAAGACUAUAUACAAAUCCAAAGAAAAUACUCGAUAUACCCGAGCAACCAGACACCUACAUAGAAGUGGAAAUAGAUCGAAAGAUCACAGUCACGCCUAAAGAAUCAAAACAUUCACCAUUUGCGGGGAAACAACUUUUUGGUAGUGUUAGUCGCGUUGUUUUGCGCGGCGAAACUGUAUAUUUAGAUGGAAGUUUAUUCUCUACCGGAUCUAAUGGUAGAGAUAUUUCGAAUAUGACUCAUGUCAUUGCUGUUAAAGAAUCGACACAAGUGCAACAACAGUCCCACGAAAUACAUCAUUCACAAAUAACUUCUGUACACAAUACUAUUCCAUUAACAACCGAACUUAAAUCACCAACUCUUUUAACAAAAGAUUUAAUAAUGCCAAAAUUAUUCCCUGAAUUACCGCCUGAAACACAUACUAUGGUACCAACGAAUCUUGCUCCUUUCCUCAUUGGUUCACCAUAUUUGCGCAAAAAUAUUUUAUCUGUCAAAGAAUUUUCUCGUAACGAUCUUCAUCAUCUAUUUGGUGCAGCACACGAGAUGCGAACAAUAGUCGAAAGAUAUGGCUCUAUUAAUUUAUUACAAGGACGAGUCAUGUUCACAAUUUUCUAUGAAUCAUCCACACGAACUUCUGCAUCCUUUGAAGCGGCAAUGAAUAGAUUGGGUGGGCGUGUAGUCAGCAUUAAAGCAGAUUCUUCAUCAGUAGCCAAAGGUGAAACAUUGGCAGAUACUGUGAGAACUCUAGGAUCUUAUGGGGAUGUAAUUAUUUUACGUCAUCCUGAAACCGGAAGUGCAAAGGCUGCAGCUAAAUUUUCUCCUGUACCGAUAAUUAAUGCUGGUGAUGGAAUAGGAGAACAUCCCACCCAGGCAUUUUUAGACGUCUAUACUAUUCGUGAAGAACUUGGGACAGUGAAUGGACUAUGUGUAACGUUAGUUGGAGAUUUGAAAAAUGGACGUACCGUUCAUAGCUUAGUAAAAAUUCUUGCUCAAUAUCACGUAACUCUCAAUUACGUGAGCCCGAAUUCAUUACGAAUGCCUGAAGUGGUGAAAGCAGAAGUACGUAAAGGAGGCGGAGGCACUCCACAAAACGAAUACACUGACCUCAAUGAUGUGAUUGCUCAAACUGAUGUUCUUUACGUCACUCGGAUUCAACGUGAACGAUUUGCCGACCUAGCAGAAUAUGAACGCGUCAAAAACUUGUAUGUUGUAAAUAACGCGUUGCUAAGUCGCGCAAAAUCCCAUAUGAUUGUGAUGCAUCCUUUGCCACGUGUUAAUGAAAUUGAUCCAGAAGUGGAUUUUGAUCAACGUGCUGCGUAUUUCCGGCAAAUGCGUUAUGGCAUGUAUGUGAGAAUGGCACUCUUGGCUUUGGUAAGUUAA